AUGUGGGAGCAGUCCUGUAUUUGCCCACGAUGUGGAAAGGAAUUUCAAAAUGAAUUUGACAUGGAGGGUCACGAAAUAGAACACGAGAUUCUUGAUGGUGUGUCCACACUCUCCCCGCCCAAAAAGAAAGGAAGGACACAGAGCACAGAAAGCAAUAAGGAAAAUGAUGUGGAAAAUUCUCCACCUCCAUCUCAUAUCUGCUGCAUCUGUGGUGAGGGUUUUUGCAAUCUCUCGGACCUGCAAUUUCACGAAUUGGUGCAUUCCUGCAUGGAAUCUCUACAAGAACCCCCCAAACCCCUCCUGGAAAUUUAUUCCCCCAGAAACCGUGACUCCCCAUCCACUGACAUAUCUCUUGAAGAAUUCAGAGGUAACUUCGACGAGAUAUAUCCAGUGGUUGGAAACCGCAAUGAAUUAAUCAUAAAUCAAAUGGGUCAAGGAAGUCCUGAUCCAAAAACGGAAAUAAGACCCUCAAAAAACCCGAAUCUUUCCUCAACAACUGAGAGAUCAUCUGAAUCUUUUGAUGUACACAUCAGACCAUCUCACAAUGACGAGGAGUUAUUAUACACUAUCAAGAAGGUUGGGGAAAAGAGAUUCAAGAAAAAUGGGGCCAUCGAUCGAAAAUAUCAAGUGACUUUCAAAGAGGAGUCCUUUAAGGGACAGAGACUUGCAGAUCUCUAUCGGCCAUUAGAAAACAUGUUUAAAGAAUCAAUAAAUGAAGCUAGAUCCGGACUUCAGGAUUCCGACUUGGGUCGAGUGAUUGUGCACCACGACAAAUUGUCUAAUGCCAUCUAUAUUCCCUUGAAACUUCUUGCUCAGCUGACUGCCAGCGAUGUGAUGGACCACAUACAAAAUGUUCUUACCAGUCACGAGGAUCUACCCUUUGAUCACAGCUUCUAUAUUGAUAUCGGAACCAUCGAGAUUCCCAAGGGCGGCAAAGGACGGUCUGUGGUUAAACUAACGGGAAAGGGCAACGACCGCGAAAGGAAAAAAUCACUCAUUCAAAUCGUGAAUGACGAUAAUAUGUGCCUAGCCCGAAGCAUAGUCAUGGGUUUCCUGAAAAUUGUCAAAGUGACCACGACCGAAUGGCAUGAAGCAAUCAAGGGACGGGAAGGCAUGCCCAUUGAAGAACAGGUGCUCGAAGUCAAAGUCUGUCCUACCUGGUAUUAUAAAAAACUUUUGUGUCACGACAAAAAAUCUCAAGACUGUCAGACCGAUAUGGCUCGAGCCCUCUGUCGCAGAGCAAACAUGACAACUGACGUGUAUCUCACGACACGAGACAUUCCCCCUUUCGAGGAAGUGUUGAACGUAGACAUUCUCGUAGUCAGUUCCACGGUGGGCAAUCGCUUCAUCCGCCCCGUCCCCGCAAAUGAAGAAAAUGAGAUGAAUGAGGGUCCCAGAGAAUCCAAUAGCCGAAAAAGGAUUUAUCUAUAUAAUUCCGAAACGGACACGAAUGAUCUUCACUUUGAUGCUAUAUCUAAUAUCUGUGGUUUCUUUGGGAACACUAAAUUCUGUCAACGUUGUCUCAAACCGUACCACACACGUCACCAGUGUUUGACGACUUGCUUCGUUUGCAAGCGAGAUAAUUGUGUUCGGAAAGAAGAGGAAGAAAUGAGUUGUCUCAUUUGCUUCAUGACCUGUCGUUCGUUCGAUUGUUUUCAACAGCAUCAGCAGAAGAAAAAAAGGGCGAAAGAAUCUUCUUGUCAACGGUGGUUGAAAUGUGUCGUUUGCAAGAAAGUAAUGCAGAGGAGCGACAGAAAACCAGAAAUCCAUUUCUGUGGAGAAUGGCGGUGUAACAACUGUAAGAAGUUUGUCGCCAAUGACCAUCUCUGCUACAUGAGAGCUAGAGAAAACAAGGAAUCCAAUUCGAAAUACAUUUUCUUCGAUUUCGAGUGCACGCAAGAAGACGUUCUUCAGUGUCAAGAAGGGUAUCGCCCCCUGAGAAAUCCCGACUGUUCGUCGUGCAAAGACAUGCCAGUUUCCUGUGGAAGCUGUGACCUCUGCACCAACUGCGAGAAAUCCUGGUGUGGGAGAUUGCAACACAAACCCAAUCUGGUCGUGGCACAUAAAACCUGCCCGGACUGCAUCAACGAUGUCGACAUUAGUAUGCAUCCCAAAUGCGAGACUUGUGGUAUGCGUUGUAAGAUGUGUGGGGCGAGAGACAAGAAAGAAAAGUGCUACAACCGUCCCCCUUGUGUCGAUACGUGUGGAUUUCGAGAGACCGUGUUUCGUGGAGACGACACCGCCCGAAUGUUUUGCGACUGGCUCUUUCGAGAGCACCACAAAGGCUAUACUGUUCUAGCACACAACAUGAAAGGUUACGAUGGUUACUUUGUCUUAGAAUAUUUGAUCGAGAAUUCUGUGAUACCCAAGGUCAUAUAUGCAGGCUCCAAGAUCAUGUAUAUGCACGUAGAGAGAGGAUUAAACAUUCGAAUGUUGGCUUCGCUCAAUUUUCUACCCAUGAGAUUAGCCAAUCUUCCAAGUGCCUUUGGCUUGACAGAAGUGAAGAAGGGUUUCUUUCCUCAUUACUUUAACACGAGAGCUAAUCAACGCUAUGUGGGGCCCUAUCCAGCCGCUCAGUUUUACGGAUGCGACACCAUGAAUGCGAGCGAUAGAGACUCCUUUAUGGAUUGGUAUCGAGAAAAAGUCGAAACUCGAGAAAUUUUCGAUUUCUCUAAAGAAUUACUCGAAUACUGCAAGAGCGAUGUCGAUAUAUUGAGAAAAGCAUGUCUGAAGUUCAGAGAAAUCCUCAUGACUAUUACGGGAAAAGAAGAAGUCGUCUUAGGUGAGGAAGGCCUGGAAAGAGUAGUUCGGGGAGGGGUCGACCCUUUUAAUCACAUCACCAUAGCUAGCGUGUGUAUGCAAGUCUUUCGAAGUAAGUUUCUCAAGGAAAGCUGGAAGGUGAAAUUGAGGUCUAAUGGUAAUUUGACGGAAUGGUUACCGGCCUUGCGGAUGGACGGAGAAUUCUCCAUCAAUUUGGAUGGACAAUGGAUCUCGGCCAGAGACAUGCAGGACCACACCAUCGAGUCAACGAAAUUCGUCAGUUCGCCCAUUGCGCAAGUCCCUUCUCAGGGAUACGGUCCCUAUGUAGGUCAGUACAGCAUGGCGUCCAUCAGAUGGCUUUUAUGGGUGCAAGAAGAGCACUUCCGACUUACAGGGAAACAGAUGUACAUCAGACAUGCCUUAAACGAGGGAGAAUUCAACUUGGCCGGAACGAAAUACCUACUGGACGGCUAUUGCGCCGAAAGAAACACGGCCUAUGAAUUUCACGGUUGUUUCUGGCACGGAUGCCCCCUUUGUUACCCCCAACAGAGACGAAAAAACAAACACGUCAGAACCGACCAAUCCAUGGAUGAACUUUUGGCCUUGACAUUUAAAAAGAAAAAAUACAUAGAAUCGCUGGGCAUGUAUUAUGUAGAAAUUUGGGAACACGAUUUUUAUAAGCUACUGGCCAGAAAUGAUUCCGCACGUCGCUUCAUCGAAUCUCUAGAUAUACAAGAACGUCUGAAUCCUCGCGAAUCCUUUUUCGGUGGCAGAACAAACGCCGUCAAACUGCAUUACAAAGUGAAAGAUGGAGAGAAAAUACAUUACCUGGAUUUCUGUUCUCUGUACCCUUCUGUCAAUAAAUAUGCCAGGUACCCCAUCAAGGAACCAACCAUCAUCACCAACAAUUUCAAGGACAUUCGUUCUUAUUUCGGCAUGGUCAAAGUGAAAGUGUUACCCCCCAGGAAACUUUACCAUCCCGUUUUGCCUCAGAAGAUUAAUGGAAAGCUUACCUUUGCCCUGUGCCGAACUUGUGCUGAAGUUCAAAGGCAGACCACUUGUGCAUGCAGAGACGAAGACAGGUCCUUUGUAGGAGUAUUUUGUACGCCGGAGAUCGAGAAAGCAUUAGAAUGCGGUUAUCUCGUGCAAAAGAUCUAUGAGGUCUACCAUUGGGAAGAGUCUACACAGUUUGACUUAUCGACGGGAGAAGGGGGCAUUUUUGGAGAAUAUAUCAACCUUUUUCUAAAGAUCAAGCAGGAAGCUAGCGGAUGGCCUUCUUGGGUUAAGGACGAGGAAGAUGCCAUGCACUAUCUCAGGCAGUAUCUAGAGAGAGAGGGCAUAAAACUCGACAGACAGAACAUUACAAAAAAUCCGGCACUACGUGCCAUUGCCAAACUACUCUUGAACUCUUUUUGGGGUAAAUUCGGACAACGUCUUAACAUGCCUCAGAGCACGUUUUUUCACGAAAACGAGGCUGACAAAUUCUUCCAGUUCGUGUCCGACCCGGGUAAGGAGCUCAGAGAUUUUCACAUCGUGUCCAAAAACGUGUUACAGUUGUCUUGGGAACACAAAGACGUGAACACUAGAGAGGACUAUCAAACCAACAUCUUUGUGGCCAGUUUCACCACCUGUUGGGCUCGCCUGAAAUUGUACGAAGUCCUGCAAAUGCUGGACCAGCGUGUCCUGUAUUUUGAUACGGAUUCCGUCAUAUUUGUCAGUAGACCCGGGGAUGCCGAACCCCAAGUCGGGUCUUUUCUGGGUCAAUUGACGAGCGAGCUGAAACCGGGAGAGUAUAUCAACGAAUUCGUCUCUCGAGGUCCCAAGAAUUAUGCGUAUAGAACGUCCAGUGGAACAGAAGUGUGUAAAAUCCGAGGCUUCUCGCUCAACCACGCCAAUGCCCGUGUACUGAACUUUAGAUCGAUGAUAGAGAUGGUUGUGCGACCUAGAGACAUGUCGAAUGACACCCUUAGUGUCGUGAAUCGGAACAAAAUUAACAGAUUAAAACGAAAGAGGAUCAUUUAUAGUAGACCAGAACGCAAGGACUAUAAAAUAGUGUACAGUAAACGAGUGAUUCAGCGGGACACUCUCGACACUCUACCGUACGGAUAUUGA